UCACGUCACAAGAUCGAGAAGAAGGAGUACGUGUGUCUUUGCAAUCGCAUUUUUUUAAAACGUUUCCUAUUUCCUCUUUCGUCACAUAGAAUAUACUAGAUUGUUUUUAGGUAUCAUCAGUUGAGAGUGCGUCAAAUUCAAGUGUUCUGUAUUGCGAGUUAUCCACACGAAUUUAAACAUGGAUGUAAAUUCUUUUUUCCGAAUCAUGAGCAUUAAAAUGGAGCCUCCACUUCAGCAUCAUAUGAAAAAUGUGUAUUCAUGCGUGGCUCUAUCUACACUUUCGGCAGCUGUUGGUGCAUUUGUUCAUGUAGCCACCGGGCUAUUAUCUGGUGGACUGUUAAGUGCAUUGGGAUCAUUAGGAUUCAUGUUUGCCCUAAUGAAUACUCCAGAUGAUGGGAAAAAUACGAAAUUAAGAUUGGGCUAUUUGAUAGCUUUUGCUUUCCUCUCAGGUCUGGGAUUGGGUCCUCUUCUGGACGUUGUCAUUGCCGUAGAGCCAGCUAUAAUUCCUACAGCAUUCUUUUCAACCUGCCUUGUUUUUACAUGUUUCACUCUUGCAUCAAUGUUCAGUAAUCAGCGUCAGUAUAUUUAUCUUGGAGGAACAUUGAUGUCCUUGUUGUCUGUAAUGACGAUCUCAGCACUUUUGAACAUUUUUAUGGGCUCUUAUAUUUUGUUCAAGGCUCACAUUUAUUUGGGUUUGCUUGUUAUGUGUGCAUUCAUUUUGUAUGAUACUCAGAUAAUCAUGGAGAAACGUCGUAAUGGCGAUAAAGAUUACAUCUGGCAUUCCGUUGGAUUAUUCCUUGAUCUCAUCCAGAUUUUCCGUUACAUUUUGAUUAUUUUGACCGAUAAGGAAAGUAACAAGAAAAAGAAGUAGUUGUUCUUUUUGGAGUCAUUUUAGAAGUGUGAAGCCUUGUGUAUUGUGUAAUUUUCUGUAUUAUAAAUUAGACUUUGGAUAGUUAUAUCUUUAUUACUUGAUUUAUGUUCUUUUAAUUAUGAAAUACCCGAGUCAGAAAUAAACAUUUUUACUUUUUAUGCAGUUUUUUUCCUGUGCGAGCCAAAAUGUGGUUAUAUUGCAAGUCAUACUAAUCGUAUAAUUUUAUGCAAGUUAUUUAAUAAUUAAACUUUCAUGAUAUAAAAAAAAAAACUAAAUGAAUUGAGCAGCAACACAUAAGAACACAUGCAGUUAUCUGUUUCUCAAUUUGAACAUGCUGUUAAUCAUUUCUGAAAAUUGCUCAAUCUAACCACAGUUUCACUUUAUGUUCUGCAGGACUUGUGAAUAGUUGUUUCUUUGUAAGAAUUUGUCAAUAAAAUGUUUUCCUAAAAUA